GGGCUUGAACGGGAACCGGGGCCGGCCUCGCUGCGGAGCCCCUGCCCGCUCUCCCCGGCACACCGACAGCGGCUGCCGGGGCUACUGCAGCGGGGCCGCGACCCCUCGAGUCUCCCGGCAGCGGCCCCCGCGGCUGCGCGGGGCACAAGCUGGGCUCCGGGUCCCGGCAGCCAUGCCCUUGUCUCCCUCCCGGGCACGGAGCCGGGGCCCGGCGGGGCGGCGAAGCGCGCCGAGGGACCGGGAGCGGCAGCACCGAGCCCAGCUCCGGCUGAUGGACGCUCCAGCCCCGCAUGGCUGCAGCUGCAGCUCCAGCCCCGUGUGAUUUCGGCUCCCGAUGCCGCCCGCUCCAGCUCCGGCUCCUCCACGCUCCGGCCGAUGGACGUCCCACCUCGUCCCACCCCUGCCCGCUCCGGCCGAGAGACGCUCCUGCUCCUGACAGCCCCGGGGGCUUUUGUCCAGCUCCGGCCCUGCGUCAUUUUGGGCCCAGCCGAGACACCGGACGUUCCCGUUUCUCACAGCUCCAGCCCUACAGCUCCUCCCAGCUCUGCCCAAUGGACGCUCGAGCCCUGCGUGAGCUCCUGCUGCUUCCAGCUCCAGGCGCCGGAUGCUCGGCUGGUUCCCCUCCUGCUGAUGGGCCCCCAGCUCGGAGUCAGAGCUGCUCCCCAGCUCUGGGGGCUGGUGACGAGGUCGUAAAUCAAUCACUGUCAUCGCUCAAGUACCACCCCUGUCUGCCCCUUGAAUAAAGCCUCGGUGCCCCCAUUUUUGCCCAGAGACUAUCUCA